CCGAACCCCACCCAAUCCUCCGUUAUGUCAUGUUGCUUUCCUAGCCUUAGUCCCAGAGUCGCUAGGACUCCGGAGCUGCUGGAUCGUCACCUCCGCUGCGAGGGGAAAAGUGGGGGGAGGGGUCAAGUCUUGGACAGGAGGGGGACAGUUCUCAUCCCGAAAUUCCACCGCCCCCCAAAAACGAAGCCACGAUGCUACACUGGAGGAUGCUGGGGGGAGAUGAGAAAGCUCAGCUUCAGGAGCUCAACGCCCGCCUUUACGAGUAUGUGUCCCGGGUGCGGCAGCUGGAGCAGGAGAACCAGCAGCUCCUGGACGAGCUGCAGAACCGGAGAGGGGAGGAGGACUGGUGGGCGGCAUGGCAGGGACGCUACCAGGCGGAGGUGAGCAGCCUGAGGCGGCAGCUGGAGGAGCUUAGCUGGGACAAGUCCCUGGCCGAGGGGGAGCGGGACAGCCUGUGGCGCGAGCUGCAAGAGCUGCAGCAGCUGAGCCGGGAAGCGCGCGCUGUCCGGGGCCAGCUGGACGCCGAGCUGGGCGCGCAGCGGCAGCAGCUGAAGGAGGCCCUGGGCGCCCGGGCCGCCCUGGAAGCCCUGCUGGGCCGCCUGCAGGACGAACACCAGCGCCUGCUGGAGGGGCACGAGCGGGACGUGCGGGAGCUGCGGCAGCAGGUGUCCACCUUCUCCCUGCAAUUCCGCGCGCGUCAGCCUCCCCGGGAGCCCCAGCUCAAUCUGCAGGAGGUGCACGACAGCUACGCCCUCCUGGUGUCAGAGUCCUGGCAGGAAACUUUCCAGCUGUACCAGGACAAGGUGCGCGAGCUUGAGGAGAAGGUGAGGCGGGGGCAGGAGAGCCGGCAGGAAGCGGAGGAGGAGAAGCGGCUCUGCCAGCUCGAAGUGGAGUCCCUGCACCGAGAGGCCCAAGAGUUGGACCAGCUGCGCCAGAGGUUGGAGGAAGAGCUCCUGAGGAUGAGGGAAAAGUACGACCUGGAGAUGGAAGAGAACCAGAGAGUAAUUGACUUCCUGGAAGAUGAAAAGCAGAAUUUGACCAUGACCCUCACAGAUCGACUAAAGGAUUACCAGGAACUAUUACAAGUGAAAACAGGCCUAAAUCUUGAAGUUGCAACUUACCGAGCCUUAUUGGAAGGAGAAAGUAAUCCAGAGAUACUGGUAUGGAUGGAGCACAUACAGAAUGUUCCACGAGAAGUCAGGAAUACAUCAUGCCAGUAUGUCAAUUCAAUAUUACAAAGAGAAAACAAACGGAAUAUAUUCUCCAGGGAGAAAAUAACCUCAUCAAAUAAAAACAUCUCAACACCAUAUACAAAACGAUCAACAUUCUUUGGACCACAAGCUACUAUAGUAACUGGAAGUGCUCCAAGAAAAGAUUUCCUGGGUCCAAGCUAUUCUUCCUCUUCCACUCUUAGACAAGAAACUUCAUAUGAAAGAACUGCAAAAGAUCACGGUGAGCUCAGAACACUUCCUACAACACGUGGCCUUUUGAGAAGCAUAGAACCCCAGGUGAAAGUGAUUCCUGACAUCCAGAAAACAGAAAGUAGAAGUAGCAUCACCACCUAUUUAACCAAAGAAUCAACAAGUGCUCAAAAACCAAGCCAACAACAUAAAGAUGUAAGGAUGAGUACAUCUGCAAGCACUCAAUCUCAUGAAAGGAGUGUUUUUCAGGGAAAGAAAACAGAGGAGAGGGUGUCUACAGAGGAGAGAAAACACAAAAUAGAACCAACUAAACCUAGACAAGAGGAGAAGAUGUUUGAUUCUAAAGAAAAGGCUUCUGAGGAAAGAAAUUUAAGAUGGGAAGAAAUGACUAAACUAGAUAAGGAAGCAAGAGAGAGGGAAAGUAUGCAUUUGAAGGGAAAGGCUAAAGGAGGUGAAUCAACUAAGGAGAGAACUACAAUAUUUGGAGAAAAAAGAGAAAUACAGAUACCUGUUAGCUUUGAGGGGCAAGGGCAUGGAAAAGCAUCACAAAAUGACAAAGUAGAAUUAUCAGUAAAAGAUAUACAAACAUUUCCAAAAAAGGGUGCCAGUGAUAGUAAAACGAAGUGGACAGAUGAGAGAGGGCUGAAGUUCAAGGUGGAUACCAGUGAUGCUGUUGACUCUACAAAAGAUGACUCUACAAGAAAAACGAUAGCAGAAAAUAUUGUUUCCAGUAUUCUUCAGCAAUUUGUGCAGCCUUCUGACUCGGAAACAUCUGUUGGGCCUUCUCUGGAUACAAAAGUCACUUACAUGGAAAGGAAAGAACUUCCUGGUGAUGGGAAGGCAAAGACUGAAAUUAUUGUGGAGUCUAAAUUGCUUGAAGAGAUAGAUGUUUCAGAUGAAGAUAGCUUGAAGCAUCUCCUAAGCAAGGGUGCUAAGGAAGUAGAGAUUAAAGGGAAAUCAGCAGAAAGCAUGAUAGGGGAUAUAAUAAAUCUCGGCCUGAAAGGAAGAGAAGGGAGAGCGAAAGUAGUUAAUGUUGAGAUUGUUGAAGAGCCACUAGGAUAUGUAACUGAUGAGAGGACUGACUUUUCAACACCAUUUGAGGUAGAGGAAGUAGAUGACGUCUCUCUAGGCCUGGAGAGGCAUUACAGUGAUGAGGAAGGUGAUGAAGAAACAAGUAUUGCCUUCUCAGGUAAUCAACUUAAAAAGACAACACAACCUCAUCAGAACAUAACUCACUUUGAAGAAGUAACUGAAGCAAGUGACUCUGAAGGAGAGCAGAGAUACUUCGUGUCUACUCCAGAUGAAUCCUCUGGGGUUUAUGAUAAAGAUGAGGAUUCUGUGUAUGGGCAAAUUCACGUUGAGGAAGAAUCAACUAUCAAGUAUUCUUGGCAAGAUGAAGUUGCACAGAGCACAGAGAAAAGGAGAAAGAGAAACAAUUUGCCUGGAGAUGAAUUUUCAAGUACAUCAGAGAUCUUCUCUCCAGAAGAGGAUGUGGAUUAUAGUCACCUGAAGGAACAACCAAAAAGUGAUCAAUUGCAUGCUGAAUCCAUUGUCAUUGAAAAAGAAAUUAAAAUACCCCAUGAAUUCCAGACCUCUAUUAAAGAAAUCUUCUCCAAAGAUCCCAAACAUCAGCUGGUGGAGACACUCGGGCAGCUGGAAGGGAGCCUGCCUGAAAGUGUGAGAGAGGAGCUGUCUGUCCUCACUAAGGAGAGUCAGGGGGACGCUGGCAAUAUUUCAGUUAAAAAAUUUGAGAAAACCACUGAUAGUGGAUCAGUCACUAUUGUUGCAGAAGUCAAUCUCUCACAAACCCUUGAUGCAGAUCAAUUUGAUCUGGAACAACUAAGUAAAGAUGAUUCUAGCAAAGUAGAGAAAAUAUUACAGUCGGCAGUUCUAGAUAGUUUUGAAAAACACCAAGCCCAGGAACCGGAAAGCCCAGAUAGUAAAUAUGGUGUAGAAGUUUCUGGUUCCAGUAUUAAAUCGAAGCGUUGGGCCAGUAGAGAAACCUACAGUUCAUCUAGUGAGAAAGAUGAUGGUGGAGGAGAACAUUAUACUGCUGAACAUGUUUUUUGCCAAGGUCCAGUUUCUGCAACUGUGGAAGUUAGCAGUCCAAGAGGUUUUGCUCAAUCACAUGUCUUAGAGGAUGUAAACCAGUCUGUAAGGCAUAUUAAAAUAGGCCCCACUGAAAUUCGGAGGACAGAGCAAAUCUUUUAUGAAGGACCCACAUCAGGAGUGGUUGAGAUGGAUAUGACUAAUAGAGAAGAGACUCCCAGCACUGCUAGAAGCACACGAGAAACUACCAUAAUUUUUCCUGCAAGGAAGGAAGCAAAAGUUCACAUUGUGUCUGACGAUGGUGACUGGAAAGACAAUGAAAGCAAGAAGGACAAAGAAGCAAGUAUGAGUUUUCAGGUUUCUGCUGCUCAAGAUAAACAGGCUUACGGUGAACACGUCACAGAGAAGGCUAUGUUUGAUAAAACAGUACAGCUGCAGAGAAUGGUAGACCAAAGGUCAGUGAUUUCUGAUGAAAAGAAAAUUGCUCUCCUCUAUCUAGACAAGGAGGAAGAGGAGGAAGAGAAUGAUGGACACUGGUUUUGAAAAUUCAAACAGAUUGAGUUUUAAUAGUAUCUUAUAUAGUACCCUAACCAACACACUGAUAGUUUAAAUUGACUCCUUUUUCAAAGGGACUCACCAAUUGGGAUUGCUGAUCCCAAAUCCAAUUUGUUGUAUAAUUCCAAGAGAGAGCUCCAAAUAUUUUAAAUUUACUUCCUGGACCCCUUCAUGGAGGAGUCAUAUUAAUAUGUAGCAUAUUUUGAAAUUUUGAGAAUUUUGAAAAGUAACCAUUUAUUUCCUCUAAUCUUUAAGAGGUUUUUAACUGGAGUCUUCUGUCCAUUACCGGAGAUAGUUUAUCAGUUUUGUCCUUGGCCCUGGAAAUGUCAGACAUCUAUUUAAAUGAUAAGCUCUUAUCUGUAAUUAAGAUGCUUAAGAGUAACUAUAUUAAAAUAACAUUUAAGGGUUAAUUCAUUUGCAUGUGCUAAUAUCAUAUAAGCUAACAUUCUAGGGGAAAUAGACAAUUAGCUUGAAUCUCUUUGCCAGAGACAACAUUGCACUUUUAGGUUUAGCAUAGACAGUUUUACAGAAAAAGAAUUAUAACUAUAAAUUGCUGUUGAGUUCAGUAUUUUCAGGAAAACAUUUAAUUUGCCAUAAAAGGAAAAUUCUGUUCUUGGAUUUGAACCAACAGAUUUCAAUUUCCCUUACUUUAAAAAUGUCAUAUUUAUUUAUAGAGUGACCAACUAAAUAUUCUAUUAUAAUAUUUUUAGUCAGUAUGCCUAUUCUGUAUUAUAAAGCUUUAAGGAAUUAAAAGACUAGAAAUGUGUAUAGGUUAUAGAAUCAGUCUUAUUUCAAGUUGUAGUGUAUGGGGCAUAAAGAUAGUAAAGAUAUUACUUUGUAGCUUUGUGCUGCGAGUUCUGUCAUAACCCUAAGCAUAGGAAAAGCUCAGUUCAAGUUAUAUUACACUCAAACUUCUCUUUAACUUGAUGAAAUUCAUAGCUACUCAUAUUCAACACCAACAAACAUUUACUAAGCAUUUACUUUCUACAAGGUCAGGGAAGAUAGAUGGUCCCUACACUCAAGGAGUUUUUAUAAUCUUGUUAGUUAAUUCAACUCAUCAAAUAUAUACUAGGGAUAUAAGAGGUACAAAGAGAAUUCUGAUGUAAUUAAAGAGUAUAAAUGCCUAUAACACGAGGAGAUAUAAACAGUGUUAAGAAGCGUAGUUCCACAGAAAGUGCACGAGAUUUGGAGUUGGAAGCCUGGGGUUCAAUUCUCCAAUCUGCUACUUAUUAGCUAAGAGACCUUUGGCAAGAGAUGUAACCUCUGGAAAUUUUGGUUUUAUCAUCUAUCAAAUGGAGAUUAUAUGUACCAACUGAAAGGAUUUUUGUGAGGAAAAGACUUUGAAGUAGAAUAUGCUAUAUAAAUUUCAGUUGUUACUAUUAUUUUUGUAGAAAGAAGUUUGAGAUGCAGUCAAAUGAUAUUAAUCUAAAAUAUAUAUGAUGUGAAUCUAUAAUGACAUCAUAUAAAAUGAUAUAAAUCAGAUUAAUGUAGAAACCAAAUAUUAGGUGAAAGAUCUGCUGUAUAGUUGUUGUUGUUGUUGUUUUUGUUUUUGCUGGGCAAUGGGGGUUAAGUGACUUGCCCAGGGUCACACAGCUAGUAAGUGUCAAGUGUCUGAGGUCGGAUUUGAACUCAGGUCCUCCUGAAUCCAAGGCCGGUGCUUUAUCCACUGCGCCACCUAGCUGCCCCUGCUGUAUAGUUGUAAAAAGUAAAAUAUUGUACCUUAAAGAAAUGACAGUCAAAUGGCAAACCUCUUUAAAUACCAUUACUCAGGUCUUUUCCUUUCCAGACUCAGAGAUGAAAAAAGAAUAUAAAUUCUUGGUGAUUUUGUCCUUUGAGAAGAAAUAAAUAGUAAUUAUAAAUUUUGUUCAGGAAAGUAAAUAACAUGUUUAAAAAUACAAAAAGAGUUUCUGAAGGGUUGGGGUAGGGGAAGGAAUUGGCAACAGCUCCUAGAUCACAAUGUAGUACAAACUCACUAGAGAUUGAUACAGUGGGAUUGAAAAUGCUCCAUGGCACAGACUUAAGAGGCGUAUAUGUAUACACACAAUAUACAGUGGAGAUAAAGAUCGGAUAAUCACUGAGUUUUUAUUGGAUCAGCUUUUAUCAUAUGCUCUAAUAAUAUGAUUUAAAAGCUGCUAUCUUUAAAGGUGCAAGGGUAUCUCAUAAAAUAAUGUCUCUAGCAACACAAGUUGUAAUGUAUCAAGAAAAACAAUCAAUAUUUUUAGGCAAGGAGACAGGUUGUUUUUCCCUCAUGUUUCCUGUGUCUUUUGCAAUGGUGCCAUGUAACUGUGUAGGGUAGUAGAAGUGAGACAUCAAGUGCUAAGGGCAAUUUCAACUUCAGUGACAAAUUAUCUUGAUUUUAGGUUAUAAUUGGAUUUCAAAUUUGAUUUACCAUUCUCAAAUAUUUUAAUCUAAAAUAUGUGUAUAAUCAUAGAAAUUAUACUUUUAAACACUCUUUAAGGUAUCCUUUUAGCACCAUUUCUUUUUGGCAGCUGAGACAGAGAAGAUUUAUUGAAAGUGACUCGUCUUAAUCUGCAUAUUAUGGGGAGAUGCACAUUAAAUGUAGUCCAGCUUUUAAGAUGGUCGGUUUUUGUUUUUUUAAUAGCCCUCUCUGUGUAAAUGGAAGUAGAGAGAAAAAGGUGAUUCAUUUGAAUUGCAGUGUUUUAGUGCAUUCUUUCUCUCUGGCACAGAAUCAUAGGGUUUUGAGCUAGCAAGGACCCUUGAAACCAUCAAGUUCAACCCCAUCAUUUGGUAGAUGAUAAAAAUUAGACUCAGGAAAAGCAAAUGACCAGCUACAUGUCACCCAGGUGGCAAAGCAGGAGCAGAGCUGGAAUUAGAAUCAGAGCCCCAUCUCCUGACUUCAAACCCGGUGUGCUUUCCAUUUUGCCCCAUUCUCUCUCCUGUGGCCAGGAGUUAAAUGACAAUAUAACUCACCCUUCUAGAUUCAAUUCUGUUUCAGAGUUUUAUUUCAAAAUUGUGUGAGAAUUUUAGUUGCAGUCUGUACUGUUUAUGUCAUCAGAAUUCUUCAUAAAAUAUCCAUCAUGACAGUCUGUUUUAUUGCUUAGGAGAGAUCAUUUCUGCCUUAAGCUUUUUUACUUACACAACUCUUUUAGCUAACCAUCUUCAAGAUGUAUGUUUAUUUAAAAAAAUAACAUGGACAUAUUUAGUUAUUUAUUCUCUUUUCCAAAGAAGAAUUUUUAAAAAUUAACAUUCUUCUUGAAGUUGAAAUAUACUUUUCAAAGAAGAAAUCCUUAAACAGUGGUAGGUUUGGCAAUUUGCAGGCAAAACAUGAACUGUUACUAUUAUUUUGCCUUAUUACUUAGGAAUACCUCAUGCCUAUUUUAACUGUAUGACUAUAUAGCACGGCAGUUUAGUGUAGCCAACACAAAUAUAUCUAGGCAGUUUGAGAGCAGUCAAUUUCAUUAAACACACAUAUACACACAUAUGCACAAAAAUGAGUCAAGGCCACAAUUUUGCAUUGUUCAGGCAAAACACAGCACUCACUUACUACUGAACUUUUCACUUUUCAACAGAUUUAUCUGACACUAUGUAGACAUAACCUAUGAUUAUUUGAAGUGUAAUGUAAAAAAGAAACAAACAUAAAAAACCCUCUGAAGAGUAUGUUUAGAGACUGUUUUGUAGAUUAGCAGUUAUUAUGAGUCCUAUGUAUCUCUUCCAAUAUGAGAAAACCCUGAAUUCAGGUAGGGAAAAACACAUCAGGAGUGUUAAGACUUAAAUAAAAAUCUCAUACCAAAGAGUAAAAACUCACUAGGCCCCAAAAUAGAAUAAGAGGUCAUUCAUGUGGAUAUCAAAGAGAAUGUUUUUCAAAGAUUUUUUUGUUCUCACUGCUUCUUAAACUAUAAUUAAAGUAAUUUACUAAGCA